AUGUCUGAGUUGAAAAGCAGGAAAGGGCAAAUGACACAGGAGGAAGAAGUUGCGCGUGAACAUGCACAAGUGUUCACAGAUAACGACGAGAGUGACGGUGAAAUUGGCACUCCAUCGCUAAGUAGAAGAGCAUCUAGUAUCUUCUCAUUCUCAGCACCACAAUUGGAACCACCAAACAAGAAUGACAUUGAGAUGUUUACGAGUGACAAAUACCACUUUAGCAUGAUUAGAAAUCUGCAUAUGGCUGAUUUUAUCACCAUGUUGAACGGUUUCUGUGGGUUUUACUCGAUUGUAAGCUGCCUGAGGUUUACUUUGACUAACAAGCCCCAUUAUGUGCAACGUGCGCAUUUUUUCAUCUUCCUUGGGAUGUGUUUUGAUUUCUUUGAUGGUAGAGUGGCUCGUUUGAGGAAUAGAUCGUCGUUGAUGGGUCAAGAAUUGGAUUCUUUGGCUGACUUGGUUUCCUUUGGUGUGGCACCAGCAUCUGUGGCAUUUUCGAUUGGAUUCCAAACUACAGUUGACGUUCUCGUACUUUCCUUCUUCGUCCUUUGUGGGCUAGCGAGAUUGGCAAGAUUUAACGUCACUGUGGCACAAUUGCCAAAGGAUAGUGGUGGUAAGUCCAAGUUUUUCGAAGGUUUGCCCAUGCCAACCACAUUGGCUUUGGUGCUUGGAAUGGCUAUCCUCGUGAGAAAGGAAUUGAUACUUGAUAACCUUCCAUUAGGUGUUUUCCGUGAGAAUUUACUCUUUGAGUGCCAUCCUUUAGUUUUCAUUUUCUUCCUACAUGGUUGUGGAAUGAUCUCCAAAAGUCUAAAGAUUCCAAAGCCAUAG